GGUACAUUCCCAAUUCCCCAUCUACACUUGACACACACUACGCGGCUGAGAAGACGAAAAAGAAAAAUAAAACGAAAAAAAAAUAAAAGAAAAGAAAGAAACGAUAGGGAAGAGAGAUCCGGCGAAAUGGCGGCGCCGCCACCGCCGGCGAUGGAGCCGGAGAUCGGCCCCGACGGCCUCGCCAGGGAGAACCCCGUCAUCGCCUACACCGAGAAGGUGAUUUUGGAGGAGCAGCUGCAGCUGAAGAAAUACAUUCAGGAGAACUAUUCCAAAAUUCGUGAUGUUGAAAAGGAGCUAGAGAAUCUGAGUUUAGAAAUGAAACUAACAGCUGGGCCAAAGAAAGCAGCACUUGAGCAUUUAAGAAAAAAGAUUGAAAUAUCAACAGAGAGAAUACGGUUGGCUAGGGUGAAAGAGGAACAGGCAAAGAAGGCCUGGGAAGCUGCUGCACAAAUUGUUAAAGACGAAGAGAAUGCUAAGCAGAAUCUAUGUGAUGAUCUGAACCGGCUGGUCCAAGAGAGCGCCGCUUCCCAAUUUUCAAGAUUAGAGGAGCUAAAGAAGCGUUUAGAAUCCCUAAAUCCCAGCCGGGCUUCUGUUGAUGUCUCUGGUAUGAAUACUGCACAGCAUGCAACCACAAGUUCAGUGCCUCAGCAGGCUGCGGCACAAAAUCCUCAAAAUGCACCUAGCCCUGCAAAUAAUGCCAACCAUGACUCCAGCGGACUAUCCCAGCAGCAAAGACCUGCCGAUGCAGAAAGGAAGAGAAGACCAUCACAAAUGGGACGGGGGAGAGGGGGUGUGAUGAUCCUCCCCAAGGGAAGAGGAAGUUCAGGGUCAGGAUGGACAGGUGCUGGGUUUGAUGUAGAUGGCCGUACAUGAUUCUAGGGUUUGUAGUUACGUUUGAAUUGUUGAAAAUUAGAAUUAUCUCAGGAGUUCCAGGGCAAACAACAGUGAGAAUGUAAUGCAUUAUUGAUUAUUUGUUUACCAAAUAUAUAUGUUGACAUGUGUAGCAAAAUAUUCAAAGUGUAACUGCCAAUACAGUAAAAGAGUUUAUUUGAUUAUAUAUCGAAUAACGUGUCAGUAAUUCUUUGGAGUUAA